GCAUGGACUAGCUUCGGUGCUGCAUAACUUUAACAUGUUUCCUCCUCCGCAGAGGCUGUCCAGCCUGCUGAGUUUUAUGGCAACCUUUGUUUUAUUUCAGAUUUCCAGCAUCUGAUUUUCGGUUUUGUCCGUUUUACAGCUGCUGACCUUUCUUGUCAUCCCCAAUCUCCCCGAACCCUGACUUUUCCGGGUCAUCGACCUGGAAUGUUAUCGGCCUCUCGCCUCCCCACAACCGCUGACAAAAUCCCCACAUGUUAUAUCUGCAGCAGCGGACCACUCUCCCCACCAAGAGGAACCAUUGAAUCAGGCGAGAGAACGGUCUUUGUUUGCACUUCCUGGUAUUCAAGGCGGAGUCUCCUCCCACCCACUGCCUUGACUAAACAGUUUGCCUUUUAUUCCCAAUCUCCUCGCCCCUGCGGAUCUUUAACAUAUAUUUGAGGGGCUAACAUUUGCAAAGAGCUCUUUCCUGCCCCGGUGGCUCGGCCCUGUGAGAUGCUGGAGGAAGAGGAAGAGUACGACUCCACUUGGGUGGAGAGCGAAGACGAGUCGGGGCCGCCAUCGCCGGCGAGGUUUCAGGAGCCCCAGGAGAAGGGUGGCUUGACACUGGAGACAGCGAUUUAUUUUCCGCAAUGGUUGUGGGCCCAAAUCCUCGCCAUUUUUUCAUAUCGGUCCCAGGACAAGCCACGUCGGCGAAGUAAGAGGGCAGCGAUGGACCUCCAGAGAUAUCGGCAUCAUUACCCCGAUCUGAAAGAUAAUGCAGAACACAGCAGCAACGUCAACUUUUUGUUCUACAUGAACAAAACAUGCUCCCAGCCCAAUGGUUGUAAAAUUGAGGAGAUGUUAACGAAGUGGAAGGGGAAAUAUGAACAUCUGGAGAGGAACCAUUCGUUUAUCCAGUGGCUGUUUCCAUUGCGAGAACCUGGAAUGAAUUGGUGGGCCAAAGAACUCACUGUUCAAGAAAUCAAGUUAUUUGAGCAAACAAGUGUGGCGAAGGAGAGGCUGGUCGAAGCAUACAAGAUGAUGCUGGAUUUCUACGGCAUUAUGCUGGUGAAUGAACAGACGGGACAAGUGCAACGAGCCCCUCACUGGAAACAGCGGUUCCACAACCUCAAUCAACACUCGCACAAUAAUCUACGCAUCACAAGGAUACUCAAGUGCCUUGGAGAGUUGGGCUUCGGGCACUAUCAGGCGCCCCUGGUCGAGUUCUUUCUUGUCGAGACCCUGAUUAACAAGGAGUUACCUCAGGUUAAGGACAGUGUACUGGAUUACUUUCUUUACACAAUUAGAGAUAAAUCGAAGAGAAGAGAGCUAAUAUUUUUUGCUCAGCAAUAUUACCAGCCUCUUUCUGAUUUUGUCUGGGGACCUCCCAAAGGAACUGAGGACAGAUUCCGCUACAUCCAAGAAAAAUUGAAGAACAAACUGGUUGAACACCAGAAUGAGGAAGGUACAGAUGAAGACACGUCAACCAAAACUGGCGACGCAUCAUCGGAGGCAGGCAGAGAGGAGGCUCUGAAAAAGGGAGAGAGUUGUCCAGAUUCAAAUGCAGAAAGUGGAAACUUUAUGAAGGACACUGACCAAAGAUCAGAAGAUCUUGUGAUGGCUCAAAGCCUUGAUGUAGACUCCAGUCAGGAGCAGUGCAGUGCUGAAGAAAAGGCAAGCUUCAAUGGAAAACCUCCAGUUUCUGAAAGCACUGCAAAGCAAACUGAAGAUCGGGAGGAAGAUAUCACUGAAGACAGUAAAACUAUUGCACUACCCAAGGACUGUGAAACUAGGCUCGGGCAGAAAAGCGAUAGUCAACAAAGAAAGAAAUCCAAAGGUGAUCCAUUGCUUUCAGAUGAACACAACCUGGUGACCAUGGACAAGAAUAAAACUACAAUGGAAGGCCACGGUAGAAAAAACGCAACAGGGCUGGAGGAUGAAUUUGAUGAUAAAAUUGUAGGUACUGAAGAUGACAGGUCUGACCCUGAAAGGAACCAAACAGGGAUCACGGCAACAGACUGGACGGAUGAGAGAGCUGUGCUGAGUUCGAGCAGCUCAGGAGAGGAAAGAGCCACAAAAGAAGAUGCAGAGAGGAAUACAGAAACAGUGGGCCAGAAUACAUACAGUGAAUCAGUGAGGAAUGAAACAGGCACUCAAUCUGACUUUGAAACUGACAUCCAGAGUCUGGCUAAAAAUGAAAGCAAUUGUGGGGAAGAGAUGGAGAUUCAAAAGGCAAACUCUACAGAUGAUUACCAGGAGGAGAAAGAUAUUGAAAUGGAAGUAAAUAAUAAUUAGAUGACCCAGAGGAAAAGAUCAUUAGAAAUGUCCUGGGAGAAAGGCAAAUAGAUUUUGGCUUUGUCAUGCUGUGAAGUUUUAGGGUAUCUCUUUAUGAGGAGCAGAAAAAUAGCAACAUCGAGCCAAUGGUAUAAAACUCCAGUGUUCAGGAUCGGAGUGUCAAUUUGUCUGUUAUCCCAUCAUCCUUUGAAUGCAAGAGGCUGAAUUUGGAAUUUACUGUCUUUGAUUUUCUUAACAACUUUGAUUGUAGUGCAAGUUGAAUAAUAAAUAUUUUAUACCACAUUCUAACUAGGUCUUC